CCUGCACCUCGCUUGACUUUCUCCGGCCAGGCCUUUCUCCCUUCAGCUCUUCGGCCGGGCUUUCGAGCUCUACAGCCCUUUGUCAUGUUUUCGGCCGCUCGCUUCGACUCGUCGGUUGUCCGGGGGACUAUGUGCUGUCAGUGUCCGAGAACUCGCGGGUUUCCCACUACAUCAUCAACUCGCUGCCCAACCGUCAUUUCAAGAUCGGCGACCAGGAGUUCGAGCACUUGCCGGCGUUGCUGGAAUUCUACAAGAUCCACUACCUGGAUACCACCACCCUUACAGAGCCCGCGCCCAGGUAUCCAAGCCCACCAAUGGGAUAUGGAUCAGCCCCUACCAUGCCCACUGGAGAAGAAAAUUCUGAAUAUGUUCGGACUCUCUAUGAUUUUCUUGGGAGUGAUACUGAAGAUCUGCCAUUUAAAAAGGGUGAAAUACUGGUAAUUGUAGAGAAGCCUGAAGAACAGUGGUGGAGUGCCAGAAACAAGGAUGGUCGAGUUGGGAUGAUCCCUGUUCCUUAUGUAGAGAAGCUGGUCAGAUUGUCUCCUCAUGGGAACAGGAAUUCCAACAGCUAUGGUAUUCCAGAACCUGCACAUGCUUAUGCUCAACCUCAGACCACAAGUCCCCUUCCCUCUGUAUCCAGUACACCUGGAGCAGUGAUCAAUCCACUGCCAUCAGCAUGGAAUGGACCUGUCUAUGCCAAAGCUAUUCAAAAAAGAGUACCGUGUGCUUAUGACAAGACUGCCUUGGCAUUAGAGGUAAGAUUUUUCUGAAGUUCUAAGUCUCUAACAUCUUCAGUAAUUAGUCUUUUUUUUAAUUAAAAAAAAAAGCACAACUUGAUUGAAAUGGUAGCAACCUGAUUAUGUAAUUUAUUUGAGCCAUUCAUGUAGGUGGUUGUCUUAAGUCAGUCAGGCAAAGUCCAAUCUACUGAAGUGACUGAGAGAACAAGGUCUUUAUUCAUACCAUAACAGCUCUACAAAAACAAUUGCAUCAUCCAUACCACUUCCCUUUAGAAAGGAACUAGCGCACGUACAAAGAUGUACCUAAUUCAGACUGUGACUACUCUUCCACAAUAGGAAUUUUUCUUCUUCCAGUGAACAGGAGCAAGCAAUGGACAUAGGUGUGAGUGCCCCUGGAGUGGUGCACACAUGCCACACUAUAUAGGGGAGGGGGAUAGCUCAGUGGUUUGGGCAUUGGCCUGCUAAACCCAGGGUUGUGACUUCAAUCCUUGAGG